GGAAGCGAGAAGACCAGAAGGUGAGAAGAGAGAGAGAGAGUGUGUGUGAUCGGUACAAGGAUCACCGCUGUGCCUGCGCGUGCUGCUUCACCGAAUCGAGUCAGAUCCUGUCCGAAUCCGAGCUAAGGGAUGGCAACCGGUAGUGAAGCCUCGAAGGCAGCUGAGGCUGUGGUUGACUGGCAUAAACACGACAGCAAGAGGAUGCUCCAUGCGGUUUACCGUGUUGGGGAUCUGGACCGCACAAUCAAGUACUACACGGAAUGCUUUGGGAUGAAACUGCUGAGGAAAAGGGAUGUUCCUGAUGAGAAGUACACCAAUGCCUUCCUUGGCUUUGGGCCAGAGAACACCAACUUUGCAGUUGAAUUGACAUACAACUAUGGCGUUGACAAGUAUGACAUUGGAACGGGCUUUGGGCAUUUCGCAAUUGCUAAUGAUGAUGUGUACAAGUUAGCUGAGAAUAUCAAAUCCAAGGGUGGUAAGAUCACCCGCGAACCUGGUCCUGUCAAGGGAGGAUCCACUGUUAUUGCCUUCGCACAGGAUCCUGAUGGCUACAUGUUUGAGCUUAUCCAGAGGGCUGACACACCUGAGCCUCUUUGCCAGGUCAUGCUUCGUGUUGGUGACCUUGAGCGUUCUAUCAAGUUUUAUGAGAAGGCCCUAGGGAUGAAGCUCCUAAGGAAGAAGGAUGUACCUGAUUACAAGUAUACCAUUGCCAUGUUGGGCUAUGCUGAUGAGGACAAGACAACUGUUCUGGAGCUGACGUACAACUAUGGAGUCACAGAAUACAGCAAGGGCAAUGCAUAUGCUCAGGUUGCCAUUGGCACCAAUGAUGUGUACAAGAGCGCCGAGGCGGUUGAUCUGGCGACCAAAGAACUAGGUGGCAAGAUUUUGCGGCAGCCAGGGCCUCUACCUGGGAUCAACACUAAGAUCGCCUCUUUUGUUGAUCCAGAUGGCUGGAAAGUGGUUCUGGUUGACAACACCGACUUCCUCAAGGAACUCCACUGAAGGCUCGGGAUACCCAGGUGCUGUGCUAGGAUGUAGUAAUGCUUGUCUGUGGUGUAAUAAGAUGUGGGUGGUUUGUUUCUGCCCUGAUGAACUUAUAAUACUGAAUGUUGCUACAGAGGUUGUGCUUCUGCCAGUGAGGUUUGGGAUUUGCUAUGUAACUGUGCCUGCGGGCUCCGAUUCUGGCGCUGUUCGUACACUGUAGAAGCCAGUGAAUCCCAAUAAACCCAGCUUCACAGGCUCCUCUUAUCCCGUAGACCCUAGUUGUUUUUGGGUGGAGCUGGAGCCACUGACCCUAGUCCUUUUUUUU